ACAAGCUCUUUAAGAAGCCCUUCAGUAACUAUUACAAUUUAGAGAGCCAUUUGAAAAUUCACAAUUCUCCAUAGAUCACAAAAUCACAUCAAUCUCUGUAUCCUUUCUUUCUUCUUUUUUGGGUUAGUAAAAGAAUUGAACCUUAUAUUGAUGGCCUUCAUUAUUAUGUGGUCAGUUGUGGAAGGCAAUAAUGUCAUGUAAACAAUAUAUUUGAUGUAGUACACCUAAUUCAGCAAAGCAUUAAAGUGGGACAGAGACUGGGCCACUUUCCUUACCUAUUUCAUUUUUUUGCCAACAUCAAUUCAAUUCAACACUGGUCUUGUUUGAUUCAUCUUUUCAAGCUUUUCCAUGUUCCUACACUUUCUCUUAUUUACGAACUGUGUCUUUUGAUUGCUGGUGUUGCCGUGUGGGAAGAAAAUGAAUCAGGAAAUGAAUGGGGUUGAGGCUGAGAAGCUGCACCUGCAAGAGAAGAAUGUGCAUGAUAAAAUAGAUUAUGUGUUUAAGGUGGUGGUGAUUGGGGACUCAGCUGUGGGCAAGACUCAAAUACUCUCAAGGUUUGCAAAGAAUGAAUUCUGCUUUGAUUCAAAAGCUACCAUUGGGGUUGAGUUUCAGACCAGAACUGUCACAAUUAAUGCCAAAGUCAUCAAAGCCCAGAUCUGGGACACUGCUGGUCAAGAAAGGUACAGGGCUGUGACAAGUGCAUACUACAGAGGAGCAUUAGGAGCAAUGCUGGUGUAUGACAUAACAAAAAGACAGUCUUUUGAUCAUGUGGCUAGGUGGGUUGAGGAGCUGCGAGCACACGCAGACAGCUCCAUUGUGAUCAUGCUAAUUGGGAACAAAGGUGAUCUUGUGGAUCAAAGAGUGGUGCUCUCUGAAGAUGCAGUUGAGUUUGCAGAGGAACAAGGCCUUUUCUUCUCUGAGACUUCAGCUCUCACUGGUGAGAACGUGGAGAGUGCGUUUCUCAAGUUACUUCAAGAGAUCAAUACUAGAGUUGUCUCAAAAAGGUCUUUGUCAGAUUGUAAUCAUGGGAAGAAGACCAAUGGUGGCAAUAGCCUUAAAGGAUCCAAAAUUGAUGUAAUCUCUGGUCCUGAAUUGGAAAUUACUGAAGUGAAGAAAGUACCUUCAUGUUCUUGUUCAUCUAGUUAAGAGAGCAGGGUGAGAAAUUUACACACAGUAUUUUUUUUUUCUUUUGAAAAGAAUUGUGCUUAGUUUAGUUAUCAAUACGGGGAUGAUGAUUUUGUCUGGUCCAUGUUGUCAAUGCUCAAAAUUGAAGAGCACUUCUUGCUUUAGUUUCAUUAUUAUGACUUAUUUACAACAAUGAAUUUGAUAUAAUGUUUUCACCUAUUCAAUAAAAUGGCUAUUUAAAUCA